AUGGCCGACCGAGCUGCCAUCGAGGCUCCUUUUACUCUGGCCUCUUUGCCAAAGCCUUUUGAUCCCACUGUUGGCACCACCUACGCCGCUCCUGUCUUCGGUCUCCGCGCUCAAAAAUGGAGAAAGCGUCCUGAAAUUGUCGCAAGUGUCGAUGGAGACAGUAUCACAAUCUACAAUGUGCGUAACCCGCGCUUGGUAACAUCGUAUGCUCUUCCUCCACAGACUCGUCUGCUCUGCGCGCCUUGCUCCAUCUAUCGCAAAAUCACUGGCCGCAAAGCCGCCCAGAGAGUUACCUAUGCUGUGCUUGGCCACACCACUGGCAAGAAAACAGAAGUCAUUUGCUUCACCGAAGAUACUAUCGCCGACUCGACCGACCUUUCUGCCGAUCAGCAAGUUAAGACAAGCUACCAAUUACCUUCUUCGACAAGCACCGUCUUCGCUAUCAAUGCUCUUGCCUCGCACUCGGACAAUGAAACUCUCGGUCUCGCUCUGGAUAUCGCUGUCACAUACGCCGAUGGUAGCGUCGAAUGUAUUGCUGGUGACCUCCAGGAGAAGAGAUGGGACGCAGAUGCUGCUCGCGCCAUCGCUCUUGCUGAGUCGGACGCCGCUCCAUCAUCUGUCAAGGUCGAAUAUGCCACAGUUACUGAUGUGACCUCAGCAAGGAAGGGUUUGCUCAAGAGUAGAGAGGACGCUCUGGCUCUGGUUGGCGGUGCCGUUAGCCUCGACAGCUCGACUGAUAUUAACAUGCCUCUCCUCGCCAUGGUCACUGUUGAUGACCAAAACACCCGCCGCUUUAACCUCUUUUCUCUACCAUCGAGAUCCAAGGAUAUGAUCACCAGCGCCCACCAAGGCCUUCGCUACCUUUUCAGCUACGAAUUGCCCGCACCUUCCUCUUCUUCUGACAAGGCCACCUUCUCUCUUCAAUCGUCAGCUGGAAAGUUGCACCAACUGCUUUCCGGUAUCAUCACAACUUAUGAUCUUUCCGGCACCAACCCUAGUGUUCUUUCCACCCUCACUCCUCACACUCAAGCUCACCAAAGCUUUGUUCGCAUUUCGGCUGCUCUGGUCCUUGCUGCCGAAUCCACUUCAUGUGCCAUCUAUGACACAAAAUACAACUCCUUACAGGCCGCUCUUUCCCUCGAGUCCGACUUCCUCGAAUCGGCUGGCGAUAAGAGAAAGAGAACUGAUGGUGCUUCUGGGGCCUCUCUCAACUUCGUCACUUUCUUCUCAGAUCUCAGUAUGGCCGUCGCAAUCUCCGGAAACGCUCUUGUCGGUGUGCAGAUCAACUUGUCCGCAACCGCCUACAAGAAGUCGAAGGCCAACACCAGUCUUCUCAUCAACUCUCUCGGCAAAGGAUCGAAGAAAGCUCUCGUUGCUGCUCCUAACUCUGAAGUGUCUUCUCAAGAAUGGGAGAGCUGGAAAGAGACAGUCGACUCACUUGUCGAAUCUGACGUAGCUGCUCUUGAACGUUUCCUUGCAGCCGAACUUGAGUUGUCCACCGCCCCUAAGCACCAGAAGUCGGCUGUGCAGGAUAACGAGGAGCAGGAUGAUUCAAGGUUCCUCGUUCAGAAGACUGAGAGACGUAAAGCGGUCUACCUUCUCAGCAAAAUGUUUGCUUGGAAUCAGACCACAAACGAAGACCAGAGCUCUAUUUCCAUGAACUUCUUCGCGGCGAAUAUUUUCAGAUGGCUCGCCAUCACCGGCUAUAUGUCUGCUAUGGCAGUCGAGAGGGCAUUGCGUGAAACUGGCGCCAUCCAGUCAACUGCUCAGAGAGUCCACCCCGGCGACAUCAUGAAGGCAGUCAACGAGCUUGACCCAGAGAUGCAUGUCAUGCACGAAUGGCUGAGCUGGCCUGUCUACCUGGAGAUCGAGGAGGUCAUUGUGGCUCUCGCUUCUCUCGUCAAGUCUCUGCAAGGGCCUAGUCCCGCUGCAGUGGCUAAGCUCAUCACUAGCAAAAGCGAAGACUCCGAGCUUGAAACCACAAUUCAGGCCGAGACUGAUGCUGCAGAAGCCGAUCUUGAGUUUGCUCUGUCAGCCCUGGACACAGGUCUCAGUGUCAGAAGCGCCUCUUUCCGUACUGUUUUCACACGCCUCCAUUCGUUCCCUUCGCGCAGCAUCGUUGAGAGGCUCCGCACUCACCUUGCCCCUCGCGAGGUUGUGUUCUUCAUCCAAAUUCUCCGCAUCGAGCUUGCAGACGGUGGCUGGACAUCUAAAUACACCGAGGAUGAGAUUGCCAGACCUGAAGACGCUGGAUCGCCUAGUGAUCACUCAAUUGCUAUUAUCAGCAACCUACUUAACUGUGCUGUUGACGCUAUUGGCACAUCUGGCUGGCUUGUAGGCCUCAGCGGAGACCCAGACCUUCAGACAGACAACAUGCUCGAGACUCUCGUCGCUGAGACCAGUGCUGCCCUUGAGACUUGUAUUGAGGCAUGCAGCUUCGGAGUUUUCCUGAACGACUUCGAGCGCUUCAGCAACACCAUCCAAGCUUCUCAGAAACAGACAACGAUCAAGAAGGUCGAUCCUAUCAAGACACCUGGUUUCGAGGAGACCCCUCUCGCCGUUGACCCCGUCCUUCCUCUUGGUUACAAGGCUCAAGGACCUGCCAGCAAGUUGCGUAUGACAAGCACGGGUCAAGUCGAAAAGAGCAGGGGUCUUCGUGGUAAGGAAUUGUCGAUGCGUGUUGGCAAGUACUCUCUGGACAGAAUUGUUGUUUAA